CCAAACAUCGGCGCCCCCUGUUUGGACUGGGCCGCCACAUAAAGUAAAGCAAAAAAGAAUGAGACUCUAGUCUUCCAAGUCUUCCCUGCUUCGCUUUACUUUUCCUAAAAACGCCAAUCAGUUCCCUCACACAGGCGCUUACAGAGAGAAAUGGGAAUUUGGGAUAUCAUCAACUCAAGCACAGAAGCAGUGAAGCGAAAUGCACCGGCUUUCGCUCUGCUUCACGCAUGCAGAACCUCUUUCAGUUAUGGCUCCGCCGCCUGCUCCAAGAUCGAUAAUACCGUCAGAGUAAACGGCCUCCAGAGGCUCAACCAGUGGCUUCCGGACGAUGAGGCCAAAUCCAAGAUCGGUGUAUUUGCUGUAAAAUUCGCUAAAAAUGCUGGCCUCUAUGCUCUCCACGAGGGUUAUAAAUUGGUUCCUGGUGGAGUUGCAGUUUCAAACAUUGUUUCUAAGACCAUCAAAGAAGUAGAACGUGAGACCUUAAAUGAGAAACCCAAGCCAUUGGAAGAUAGGGACAGUGCACCAGGGAAAAAAUUCACUGGUACCAAAAAAUUAAUGGACCGAGCAGACAUACAACCAGGCUCUCUUGAUCAUGUCGAGUCAAUUGGCAAUCAAACUCCAGAAGACGUGAGAAGAAUCUUUAUGACGAAACAGUUUGUUGGUGCGCGUUUUUUGGAUGAUUUGAUGGUGCCUAAACCGAGAAAAGGGAAGAAGCAGCCUGAAUAAAUGACAGCUGUUGGGUACUUGAACAUCUCUUCUGUGUUUUUAAGAUUUCCUAAGCAUCUUGUUUUAUGUGUGAAAUACUAUGGUCUUAAUCUGCGUUCUGGAGUACGUAUCUGGUGGUUGAUAUGUUGAAAUUCCCUACAAUAUUUAUGUUCUUAGAUGUAUGUUUGUCAAAAAUCCCACAAGCGUACGUGUACGUUGUAUAAUUAAUAAUUGUUAUGAGAGAGUUAUUGUCCA